AUGAGCUCGUCUUCUGUACUCGACCUCGACAAGAAGUGGUUCAUGGUUCCACUGCCGCUGCGCACCUGCAGUCUGCGCGAUGUGGCCACCUUAACCGUCACCAAGGAGCAGAUGGACACGUACUACAAGGAGGCGCAGUCCAUCCUCGAUGAUGAGGGCAAGGCGGCCCAGAUGGACCGCGGCCGCUGGUACAGCUCGCAGUUUAUGAGUCGCGGCACGACGUCCGAUAAGAUUGCCACCGCCGCGGUGAAGCUGGCGGAUACAGACUUCAUGUUCUACCUGGACGGGUUCACUCUGCUCUUUGACACGGCGCGCACAGACACGCACCACUACGAGGCGGCACUCAAGGCGCUGGCGGCUGUGUGGCCAAAGCUGUUGCCGCCCCGCCCGCUGAAGCGCUUUGUCUCUCAGUACUUUGCCACACUGCCCACGGACGAGGUGGCGCGCAAGACGACGCUCGUCUACUGGUACCUGGAGGACUACCUGAAGCGCACCUAUGCCCAGUUUCUUGCUUUGAGCGAGUCCAUGCUGAAGGACCGCAUUGUGCAGCGCCGCGAUACGUGGCUGGACGUUGUGGGUAAGCUGCUCUGCUCCGUGGCGGAGGGCCGCAGCACCGCCAUGGCGAUGAUGAUCGACAAGCUAGGUGACCCCAUCUCCAGCGUCGCACACAAGGCGUACCAUCACUUGCUGAAGCUUCUCUCCGAGUCGUCUACGCACCAGUCGAUGUUGUUCACGGAGCUGGAGAAGAUCAUCUUCAUGAAGAACUGCCCGCUGCGGACGAUGCGCUACGCCGCCAAUGUCAUGAACCAGCUCGUCUUCAGCAAGGAGGAGCGUAAGCUGGCCCUCAAGUGCGUGCAGACAUACCUUAGCCUCUUCCGUCAGCUUGCCCUCACUGGCAACGUCGACUCCACAGUGACGACGGCCAUCAUUGUCGGGCUGCGCCGCGCCUUCCCGUACGCUGGCGUCGACCUGGCCCCGCUGGAGGAGCACCUCAACGCUCUUUUCAUUCUCGCCAAUACGGGCAACUUCCAGCAGCGUGUGGCCACGCUUACGCUUUUGCAGCUUCUCGCCUUCAAUAAAGGCACAGCGGAGUCUUUCCUAAAUCGCUGGUACCGAACCCUCUACGGGCUGCUGUUGCUCUCACCGAAGCAGGUACCGCAGUCGGCGCAGCUCACCAACUUUUUCUCCCUCUUGCACAAGGCAAUGCGCGCCGACAAGUCGAAGGCGCGCGUGGCCGCCUUUGUUCACCGUCUGCUGCAGCGCGCCGUCUUCUUCAACGACGCCAUGAUAUGCGCAGUGCUCUUGCUGGUUGGCGAGAUGUCGCAGGCUCACGCGCACGUGCGCAAUAUGCUCAAGGCACACGCGAACCCUCCCGCCGUGCCUGCGGCGCUGGUGCAAAAGGGCAAGGCCGGAGGCAGCACUGGCACCGCCAGCGCCGCCGCCUCUGACUGCGACUACGACCCCAAGGCUCGUGAGCCGCUCUUCGCGAACGCGGCCGGCGAGUGUAUUUGGACGCUCAACAUGCUCUCUCGCCACUCGCACCCGUCUGUCGUCAAGCUCUCUGUACUGCUGCUCUUUGGCGAGGACAUCGUCUUCGAUGUGCACCCGCUGGAUGACAUGACGCCGCUCAACUUUCUCAACAUGUUUGUCGACGCCAGGGCCAACGCAAAGGACAACGACGACGACGCGAAGACCGGCAACACGACUACGGGCAUUUCCGUCUUCCACCGCGCGGCGCACAAGGCGAGUCUUCCCAGCACGUCCGACCCGUACUUCAUCAAUGCCAGCGCGCAGGACGUGGACGUGGCGGCGCUCUUUCUGCACCGGUACGCUGUGCAGCGUCAGCGCUUCCUCGAAGGCUUGUCGCAGGUGCGUUCCACCUGGGGCGACACAAGCGGCGAGGCCGACGUGGCGAUGCGCGUCACCAACCUCGACGCAGCUCUCUUCGGCCCCUCUGGCACGCUGGCCGUCCCCACGGGGACGGCCAGCGCGGCGACCGCAUCACGCGGUACCAAGAAGGCAACAGCGGCACCAAAGCGCGCAGCAGCCAAGGACAAGGACGAGGACAUGCCCAGCGAGGAGGAGCACAACGGGCAGGCCAGCACCGAUGGCCUGGCGGGCGACGGUGACGACGCCAGCGAUGAUGACCUGGACGACUUCGACGCCGAGGCGAGCGACAACGGCAUCGAGUGGGGCCUGGAUGAUGAGGCAGCCUACGACGCCGAGCUCGACGACGAGGAAGUGGAGGAGGAGGAUGACGAGGACGCUGAGGAUGCGCUGGGCGGCCGCGCUGCUGCGGCAGCCGCCAUGGCGGACGAGGGCGGCGAGUUUGGCGAGCUCAUCGAGGCGAACGCAAAGGAGAUGUCGAAGAGGCGCAAGCGUGAACUGGACUGGCUCGAAGGGCGCUCGGCUGGUGGUAGUGGCGGCAGCUCUGGUUUCGGCCGUGACCGUGGCGGUGCCGGCCGCACUGGUGGCGCCUCUCCAUAUGGCCGUGGCCGCCUGCGCGGCCACGUUUCUUCUCGCGGCCAGGGUGGCGGCGGCUUCAAGCGUGGCCGGUACUAG